AUGACCUUUUCGCCGUUCGAAAUGCUGGGAAUCCUCUCGAGGCAUAUGUGGACAGUGGAUGAACGGAAGGCCAUGCACAUGUGGACGUGGUACGGGGGCAGUGUUAUCAUACCCACGCUUGAUGCGAAUUUUGAGGUGAGAGAAUACAUUGACGACCUUGACGUAACUGACAUGUCCGACAUCGAUGUUGUAAGGUCUGCUCGUUGGAAAAUUUCCAGGGCGCUUGACACAAUGUGGUUCCGAGCGCCAUCACUCGGCGAGGAUAUUACAGUAUACCGCUUCACAAAAAAACCGGAAGAGUACGACCAUGCGCCGACGUUUUCGUUCAAGUCGUUCACAUUGGCUUUCGAGCCCAUACAUUUCGAGCAGUUUCUCGAUUCGAACAAGCGGUGUUGUCUUAUGUCACUGACGAUACCGGCCGGAACUCCAAUUUUGGUUGAUGCACUGUACGGCAAUUUGUCAGAAGUUAUUUUUCCCCGGGGGACAAUCUUUCACCACGAACACGAAGAAGAAUAUCAGGGAUUUGCAAUGCGGGUAUACAGUGCAGAGUUUCCAGACGCAUUAUUACUGAAGAAGGUUGAAUCACUAAGGAGGCGUCCACAUGUUUACUACCAUGAUUUUAAUCUGGCAACGGACCAGCAACACUUUAAAUGGUCUCAAGGCGAUCCGGAUGCCAUUUCGAGAUACAACGAUCGAAUCGGAGUUCAGGAAAAAAAAUGGAAUGGCACUCGAGUUUUUUUUUUUUUGGGGAGGGGGGGGGGGUUAUUGUGCUAG